GGCUGUUCUCCACCUGCAGGCUGCGAGUGACGCCGGGCUGGUUCACCAUGGGCGUUUGGGUUUGGCUGCGCCGAUCUAGGAAGCUCUUUCUUCCAACAGUAGUAGUGACAGUGUUGACUUUUAGGUAGACCAGGAUGCCGCCUUCUCUUUGCUGACCUCACUUGUGUUUGACUCUGAAAUGUAAUUCCACUUGACCCUUUAUCUUUUCCACCUCGGACUGGGUGGAAAAAGAGAUGCUGCCUGCUGCCCAUGGCUUUCAGGGAUGUGAAUGCAAGAAGACAUAUUGGACUUCAGCAGCUCUCAGCCUUGGCAUUAACUGGAAGAACAUUAUUGGGGCCAAUGAAAUCAUGUAAAUUCAUUGUGGAUGAAAGCACCAACCAAAGCACACUGAUCUGUUCUGCUGUUAGACUGAUUGAAAGUUUGGAUUUAACUAGUGCUGCCGGACAACUUCUUAAUGAAACCAUUCAGGCACAAAACAAGGAGUUUAGGACUGGGAUGAGUACCCUGUUGUUUCUCAUUGGUGCGUGGAGCAGUGCCGUACUGGAGUGCCUCCAGCAGAAUGUUCCUGUUUCAGCAAUAGUAUCUGUGAUGUCUGAGGGGUUGAACUCUUGCUGUGAGAGAGUCCAGUGUCUUCAAAUAUCAAUACAUGAUGUAAAUAAAGAGCUGUGUUCUAGCAGUGUUAGGCCAAAUGCUUUUAAAAGUAAAACUUGCCAAAUUGGAUGUGACAGUCUUCUAGAUCCCCACAUUUUCCUAUACGUUCAGAAAGAUAUUUCUGCACCAGAAGAAGUAAUUCCAAUAAAUCCUUGUUCCCAUCAAGAAGAUGAUUCUAAUUUUAACAAGCGCCUGCUUUCAUCUUUGGCCAGCUUGGGUUCAAUAGCUUCUCUUGUCAAACCAGUGGGUGACAAAAGUACAUCUUGGAUUUCUGGAAGUGGUGUUAUUGCAUCCAACUGUAAUAAACAAAAGUUAACCCAUAGCAGAUACUUCAGCACUUUAAGAAAAAGCCAUUUUUCAAGUCAGCAAGGUAGUUUUCAGGGAUACCUUUCAGGACCAUCAGCAGAUCCCUGUGAAUGUUACGGUUUAGGACACCUGGCAAUGGCUCUGAGCCAUGGAAAUCAGACUAGCGUGAAACUGCUGCAGAGCAUUGUUGCAUAUCAACGAGAGAGAGCAGAAUGCAGUGGCUCUUCUCAGUUUAAUAUUGCAGGAAUUGUGACAUGCUGUUUACUGGGCCUGCCUGAAAGCUAUUCUUGUGUCUCCCCAGGCUUUGUCACACUAGUGUCACCAGAACAAACCACAGUUAUCAAAUACUUUGAAGACAAACCCCUUCGGAUUCUGUUAAUGGAUGGUGACCUAACUGAACAAUAUCGUCACUUAGGUUUCAAUAGACCGUGUAAUGUAAGGACCAUAUUGGAGCAUCCUAGCCUACCAGAAGGCAAAGCAGACUUGUGGCUGAGCAGUAUGUUAGAUAUUCUGAUUAGCUUUGAAGUAAACUUGGUUUUGGUCAAAGGAAAUGUGUGUGAAAACUUAAUGGAAAGAUGCAUAGCAAACAGUAUAUUGGUAAUUGGUUCUGUGACUCAGGAUGUGCUGUGUGCCUUUGGGGAGGUCACCAGCGCCCAGCCAGUGACGUACCUCACCCAGCUGAACGCUUCUUGUGUGGGGAGCGGAGCCCAGGUGGGGCUGUGGAAGGCCUGCGAUGGGCGUGCAAUGGAUCUGGGUGAGCUUGUGCCAGUCAGGAUAAAAGUACAAGGAAUUCCCCUGCUCACAGCCGUGCUUACCACUACUGUAGCUUCAAAGAUGCAGCUCAUUGAAGACCAGUUCUGGACUUUAGCGUAUCGACUCCAUCAUGCUUUACAAGACGAGAAGGUUUUUCUCGGUGGUGGUGCAGCAGAGCUCUUAUGCCUUAGUCAUAUUCAGAUGCUUGCAAAACAGCCUUUACAGCCAUCAAAUAAAAAUGCUGUGAGAGAGUUUCACAAUCCUUGUCUGGCAGCAUCUGCGACAGAGUAUACAUCAGUUGUGCUCCAAGCGUUAGCAAGCGGUUGGAAGCAGUAUCUUUCAGUGGUUAUGUGUAACACUGCAAAAGCUGCAUCAGAGCUGGAAGCGUGUACCUCAGUUGAUCAUCACCUCAAAAAAGCAGCUGAGUGUGGCUCUCCCUCAGCAUAUAUAUUGAAAGAGUUUAGAAGAGGUGACCUGCUCAGGGGUGGUUCUGGUCCCUUUGCUGACGAUGGAGAGGGUUUAAAGGUUUAUGAUAAUGUUACAGCCAAGACAGAGGCAUGGCGGAGAGCUCUAGACUUAGUGCUGCUAGUGCUUCAAACAGAUGCCGAAAUUAUCACAGGUCCCAAAAGGAAUCAGCUAUUGAACUCACAUGUGUCAAGUGAAUUUAUGUUUUUAUAGGACUUGCAGGCUUUAUUUAUAUGCCCACGAGUCAGUGAGUGGAAGACGUCCAGGUGCAGCCUACAUUUCUUCAUAGUUUAUAAAGCAAACAUUGAGAUGUGAUUAUGACUGUAGAGUGUAACAGCGGAAAUCAGAAUGUGAGACAGUCACAAGGUAGAUAUAACUUCCUAUUUCUAGAAAUGGGAGUUAAAUAACAAACAAAAAUCACUUGUGGGCUUACCUCUAACUCCAGCUAUGCAUUUCUAACUAAAGACAUUGUCUGUAUGGAUAGAUUAAGCCGGUCAAACUGACUAAUCUUAUUUAGCAGAGCAGAUGUUCAGUUCUUUUAUUCAUUGUAAUGAGGAGCACUGGGCAGGUGGGUACAUGCCGAGUCUAGUUGGAAGAAAGUUUGAUACCAUGGAUGUGCUUAUGUUUUGAACAUGUUCUCUCUGUGUAUAAGGUAUUUGGACUUGUGUUCUGUAAAUUAAUCUUGUCUGAUGUCUUUUAAUGCCUUCUAAAGAAGGGUGGAGAUUUCUUACAUAACAUUGGCAUAUUUGUGUUAGAUGAAAGAAUAUAUAUAAAACCCAAAAUUUUUAAUUAAUAUCUUCUCUUAAUUUUUGUAUGUUGCAAAUGUAAGGGUUAAACUUGCAAUAAUUUGAGUGUUACAUUUUAUGCUAAGAGAUUGUAUUGGUACAUUCUACUUUUGCAUAUUUAUAUGGACCAUAUAUCUCCUAUUUUCAAAUAUAUACUCUUUGGAAUGUUUCUCAUUUUUACAUGAAUUUAGGCUGAAUCCUCCCUUUUGGUAUUACUAAAUGGAUGUAUCUCUACACAAAGUUUUCUUUUACAUUACAAGUUGGAUUUUUACAUUAUUUCCUUUGGGCUCUUUCAGUUAUCCUUGUAGAGAGGAAAAUGUUCUAUGUUUUAGCUGUUGGCUAAAAACUAAAAACAAAUCCCUCGUGAUGAUCGAAGCAAGGUAUUUUUAUUGUGUUUCACCAUUUAAAAUUUCAAAGCAGAGCCAUGGAGAACUGCCACUUUGUUGCAAGAAAGAGGUGUGUAACUAUGGAGAUAUUUUUUCUGCGCUUGGCAUUUUGAAUCGCACUUAAAGUGAAAUGUCUCACCAGUCCAGUGAAAACAGAAUGGAAAAAGAAUGGAAAUGGUGAUACUAAAGUGGAUUCUUGCUUUUAAGAACUAUCUCAUUAAAAUGCUAAUGGCUG